UCAGCUUCUCCUCAGACGCCACAGAGAGCGCUCCAUCCUCAGGCUUCUUCUCCAAACAAACUGCUGAACCUCCAGCCGACUAUGUCCAGAUUCAGCGCCUUCAUUUUGCUCCUUAUGGUGGCAGUCGGAGUCCACCAGUCAAGUGGUGUUGAAGUCAAAGUCAACGACAAGAAUGGAACGUUGUGUCUAUCCGCCAGCCUCAUGGUCAACUUCUCCAUCUCCUACGAAACAACAGACAAGAUGAUGGCAGUCGUUGAAAUUGAACUUCCCUCUAAAGUCUCAGCGAAUGACAGCGUGUGUGGCAGCAAUAGCUCUGUGUUAAAAUUGGAAUUCGAGAGCGGCCACUCCUGGACUAUGAACUUCAUUACCAACGGGAAAACGUACGAGGCUGACUCCAUCAUCUUCUCCUACAAUCUGGGCGACUCCAAAGUCUUUCCCAACUCCUCGUCCAAUGAUACUCUUUCGGUGACCGUGAAACCUCACAUCAUUGAUGUCGACACGGACACAAGCUACUCUUGCAAGAGCAGCGACAUGAUCCAGGCGAAGUCAGUCAACCAGACGUUGUGGAACGUUGUCAUCCAGGCUUUCAUCACGAAUGGCCAACAGAGCACCAACUAUACCAGCUGCGCUGCCGAUACCCCGACCGCCGCUCCUACAAAGCCACCUGUCACCACCCCAUCUGCCCCUACAACCCCCGUCCCGACCCCCACUCUGCCUGAUCCUGCCGUUGGCAAAUACAACGUCACACCUGAGAACAGCACAGCCUGUCUGCUGGCACAGUUCGGCCUGCGUCUCGGGAUCAAGCUCGGAGGCAAAUACGAGGAGAUGAACUUGAACAGCAGCAAGGUCUCGGCUACUGGAGGGUGUAACGUGAAUAGCAGUGAGUUGGUACUGGAGUCUGACACCAUGAACAUCAAGAUGACUUUCACCAAUGACACCAAGAAGUUCCGCCUGCAUGCCUUUGAGGCCAGUGGAACAACCAGCUCCGGUGCCAAGUUCAGCGAUGGCAACUCCUCCCUGAGUCUGUGGGAAGCGUCCGUGGGCAACUCGUACAUGUGCAACAAAGAGCAGAACUACACCAUCACCGAGGACCUCUUCGUCUUCACGUUCCAACUGCAGAUUCAGCCUGUCGGGGUGAAGAAAGGAGCGUUCAGCACAGCCCAAGAAUGUUCUUUGGAUGACACCAGCAUCUUAAUCCCAAUCAUUGUCGGUGCUGCGCUGGCUGCCUUGAUUCUUAUUGUCGUGAUCGCUUACGUGAUUGGCCGAAGAAAGACUUAUGUCGGCUACCAAACUCUUUGAACACCGACAGCCAUUAAGAUCAUUUGGGGACGGACACGCAAGCCUGGUCUUUUGAGCUUCUGAUCACAUAGAAAUCUCAUUCAUCAACGACUCAGAUUUUUAAAUUUGAUCUGAUGAUUCAGUUUGAGUAGUUAUGACUUGCACAGAAGGAGAUCUGUGACUGCCUCUAGGACCAAGCUUGUGUUCUGACCCCUGUUCACCGCUUGUUCUGUUGAUGUCUCGUGUUCAUUUUUCCUUGUUUUGUGAACGAGUGAGUGCAAACUCCAGUCCUGGGACAGGAAAGGGAAGGGAAGUUGCACUUACUGGUGAUACCCUUGUUUGUCAGUCACACGUCACAGUAAGGGAACCUUUUAUGUUUUGCUUUGUCCAUGAAGUCAUUAAUCUGCAUUUAUAUCAACUAGAAUGAUUAAAAGACCAACUACAGACAGAGUUGUCGGUGGUAUUUAAUCUGGGCAAUAAAUUCAGUUUGUAAUGUCAAUUAGUGCUGAGUCAGUUUGAUGCAAAAUUAUUUUUAAUUCAUCACCAUAAAAAAAACAUAAAAAAACAAAUCUCAAGUUUAUUUUCUUAGACGGCAUGUAACCUGUCUCUACGCAUUAAUGGUGUAUAAUGGCUUAUUGUGUUCAUUAAUAUUAGGCUCCCUUAUUACAGCGUGGUAUUGUUUUCUCGUUUCAUAAGACCCUGUGUGAUUCAUCCUAUUUUUUUCAGCGGAAACUAUGAUGGAAUUCAGAUGAAAAGUUGUUGUGUGAAUGUGCGUUGGUUUCCCCUGCAGAGCAGGAGAAGCGCUGCGCAUACUCCGGUUUAUGUUUCUCCCCCUCAGAUUUAGAUUUUAAUCACGUGCAGGCUUGCUUAGUCGAUACCUCCGCUGUGGCCACGGCCCCCCUCCACCCCCCGAGGCGUCCACAGGCGCUAUAUGUUGGCAUUAAGGUGUAGAAAAGGGAAGCGUGCAUUUUUAACUCUGGGAUCAGGAAUCAUGAAAUGCACGCAGACGCUGGUUUAUUGUGACUCUUCAGGGGUCGGUGAGCUUUUAAAACUUCUCUUGUGUAGAAGAGACUUAAUCUGCUUUGUUGAGAUGUUGUUUGGAUGGAGUCCUAAAUAUCACACGUGCGAGUUGACAGAAAAGUCUUUCUGUAUUUGUGUUGAAAACGUAGGGCGCUCCAGUCUUUCUCUGUCAAACUUGAGGUAACCAUUUUGGGCAGGAAAACCUCAUAAAGAAUCAGUUGAUGGGUUGCUAUGGUAACCACUAUAAAGUUUGAACACUAAGGAAGGCUGCCUUUCAUUGGUGGUCACUGGUUUUGCAACUCGUAACGCUAACGUAUAUGUUGAACCAAGUAUCUUGUGUUUUUUUUGUUGUGUGUUUAAGUGACGUUAGCAUCCAGUUUCUGGUAAGCUUUUAUUAUAUGACAGUCAUUUCUCCUACUACUAUAUCACUUAUUCCUGUUGACCUGUUUUCAAUAGUAAUUCUAAUGUCACUACUGACACUGGCAAACAUCAAUGACUUGUUCAAUCCCUUCUGCCCUGACAGAAGUUGGUUGGUUGAAAUGGACAAAGCAAACAUCUUAAAACACAAUAUAAUAGAUGGAGUUAAGUGAUCUGUAGUACUUGCUUUGGAGUGUAGCCAUGUGCUUUAUCUCAAUUAAAAAGUUUUUUGUUGCAAAACCAGAAUCACAAACUACGUGAAAAUGAAGUAGGAAUUUUGCUGACUUUAGCUUUGGUUGCAGUGAAGAGUGGAGCCCCACCAUAUUGUUGAAAAUAGAGCGCUCUUGUGUGGUUGCGUGUCGUGUUCAGACUGGAGCAAUGCAGGCGUUUGCUACGUCAAUGUUUUGUUUUUUUUUUUUUUUUUUUUUUUGCUCUAAUUGACUGCUGAGUCUGCGUGUUUCUGCUUCUGAUUCAACUCUGUGUGUGUGUGUCCUUCCUGUGUGCAUAAUCAUCGCACAGGUUGAGCUCUGUUAUCGAUUGUCGUGCCUUGAUCAAUUGUUCUCAGUCGGCUAAGGGAAUUCAUGUUGCACUGCAAAUAAGUCGUCGUAACUUUUGCAAUCUGUCUUGUGCUUGAGCUAUGAUGAUUCUGUGUGUCUGAUAUGGCGUUUUAGUAUUUUUUUGGAAAUGAAAUAAAACAUAUAAAGUCA